UUCUGUGUUGUGUCGUCAUUUAGUCCAUCCCUGACUGACAUCACAGUGAAGAAGGCUCUCUGUGUUUAAUCGAGGUUUGAGAGACCUUAGAGAGAACAUGGUCUCACAGGCUUGCGUUUAAACGUUGAAGACGUAUUUAUAUGUAACAGCCAAUGGAUUUUUGAUACUUGGAUUGUUGUUAUAUCAGUUGGAUUUUCAACAUUUUUUUUCGAUUUGUUGCCAUGAUGGCAAACCGAGGAUCUGUCAGCUGCAUAUCCGCAAGAUGGCGAUUGUUUUAUGGAUUUCGACGGCAGAUGAUACUACUUAUUUUGUUGCUUCAUGUGGUUAACAUGGUAGGUGGUCAGAUUCGUUAUUCUAUACCAGAGGAGAUGAAGAAAGGCUCUGUUAUUGGUAACGUAGCGCAAGAUCUUGGUUUAGAUCUGAAAAGACUCCGUUCAGGGCGGGCCCGGAUCGUGACCGGAGAAAACAUCCAGUACACCGAGCUGAAGACAGACAAAGGGAUUCUCGUCGUGAAUGAGAGAAUAGACCGGGAGCAGCUUUGUGGAGACGUAACGCCCUGCAGCUUUAGCUUCGAGAUGAUUUUAGAAAAUCCAAUGGAACUGCACAGAAUAACUGUUGAAGUUUUGGAUAUAAAUGAUCACGCUCCCGUCUUCCCAAAUAAAGAAAAGCCUAUUCGCUUAGAAAUAAGUGAAUCAGCUGUAGUUGGGGUGCAGUUUCCACUGCAGAGUGCAGAUGAUCUGGAUGUGGGGUUAAAUGCGUUGCAGGAUUAUAUCUUAUCACCAAACGAAAAUUUUAUAUUGAAGCAACAUGCAAAUCCAGACGGAAGUAAAUAUGUUGAAAUGGUGCUCCAGAAGCCUUUAGACAGAGAACAACGUCCUCAUUUGUCUUUGAAACUAAUCGCGGUGGACGGAGGAACACCACAGAGAUCUGGUACAGUAAAUAUAGAAGUAACUGUAUUAGAUGCGAACGAUAAUGCCCCAGAGUUUAACCAAUCAGUGUAUAAAGCAUCUGUGAUAGAAAACACGAUGUUGGGUACUAGUAUUAUUACAGUGAAUGCCACAGACGCUGACAGCGGUUCAAAUGGAGUCAUUACUUAUACUUUGUCUAAAAUGAAAGGAAGUGCGGCAGAUAUAUUCAGUAUUGAUCAAAUCACGGGCACAAUUUCUGUGUCUGGUCAGAUAGACUAUGAAAAAGACAAAAAAUACGAAGUAAGGGUAGAAGCGAGGGAUCAGGGUGGGCUAACAGGGACAAGUAAAGUUAUAUUUGAUGUCCUUGAUGUCAAUGACAAUGUUCCAGUUAUAAACAUUAUGUCAUUUUCCAGCCCUGUAUCUGAGGAUGCGGGACCUGGGACAACGAUUGCUAUUUUAAACAUAAAAGACGCAGAUUCCGGGAAAAAUGGGCAAAUAACAUGUUCUAUAGAUGGAAAACUUCCCAUUAAGAUUGAGUCAUCUCUAACUAACUAUUACAAUCUGAUCUCAGAUCAACAUUUUGAUAGAGAAUCCCUCUCAGAAUAUAACAUAACUAUAAGAGCCACUGACUUAGGAUCCCCGCCUCUUUCAAGUUCAACGAAAUUACACCUUAAAAUUUCUGACGUAAAUGACAACGCACCAGUAUUUGAUAAAAACAGCUAUUCUGCUUACGUCACAGAGAAUAACUCACCUGGAGUUUCCAUAUUUGCUGUCAGCGCGCGAGACUCUGAUUGGAAUCAAAACGCGAGAAUCUCGUAUCUUUUAGAAGACACACAAGUCAGUGGUAGUCCAGUUUCUACUUAUGUGUCUUUAAACUCUGAAACUGGAGUAAUUAGCGCGGUUCGUUCCUUCGAUUAUGAGCAAAUUAAACAAGUUCAGCUAGUAGUCAAAGCGCAGGAUGGAGGCUCUCCUCCACUCAGUACUAAUGUGACUGUACAAAUAAUGAUCCAGGACCAGAACGACAACCCUCCUCAGGUUCUGUACCCAGUCCAGACUGGUGGCUCUCUGGUGGAUGAAAUGGUGCCUCGUUCAGCAGAUGUGGGCUAUCUGGUCACUAAAGUGGUGGCUGUUGAUGUGGACUCUGGACAGAAUGCCUGGCUCUCCUAUAAACUGCAGAAAGCCACAGACAGGGCGCUGUUUGAAGUGGGCUUACAGAAUGGAGAAAUAAGAACUAUCCGCCAAGUCACUGAUAAAGAUGCUGUGAAACAAAGACUGACUGUUAUAGUGGAGGACAACGGGCAGCCCUCUCGUUCAGCUACAGUCAUUGUUAACGUGGCGGUGGCGGACAGCUUCCCUGAAGUGCUGUCGGAGUUCACUGACUUUACACACGACAAGGAGUACAAUGACAACCUGACUUUUUACUUAGUGCUGGCUUUGGCUGUAGUUUCCUUCCUCUUCAUCACGUGUUUAGUGGUUAUUAUAUCAGUGAAAAUCUACAGAUGGAGACAGUCUCGCAUCCUGUAUCACUCCAACCUCCCUGUGAUUCCAUAUUAUCCACCACGUUACUCAGACACUUUGGGGACAGGGACUCUCCCACACGUGUACAACUACGAGGUGUGCAGGACGACUGACUCCAGAAAGAGUGACUGUAAGUUCGGCAGAGCUGGUAGUCAGAACGUGCUGAUAAUGGACCCCAGUUCUACAGGGACGAUGCAGCGGAUACAGAGUGAGAAGAGCAUCCUGGAUGAACCAGACUCUCCUCUAGAGGUUAGAUAA